AUGAUCGACGAGCACCAUGAGCCCCCUAAGGCCGUAGAAGCCACGAGCUGGAGUCUGGGGUCGAAAAUUUAUCACACUGCUAUCCCCUGCUUCCUGGCCUUUUUGAUCACACUAUCCUCGUCCAUCACAACUCCUGCCUCCUCUUCGCUCAUGGCUGAGUUCAAUAUCAAUCGUACCGAAUCCUUGCUAGAGGGAACCUUAUACAUGUUGGGGUUGUCGUUCGGUCCUCUGAUCCUGGCGCCACUGUCAGAGUUUAUUGGACGUCGUUGGCUGUACCUGGUAAACUCAUCAAGCAUAAUCGCUUUCGCAGGAGGUUCCGGAGCUGCACGAAAUUUUGCCACACUUUUGAUCUGCCGUUUUCUCUGUGGGUUCUUGGGAUCAGCCGCAAUUGCUAUGGGUGCGGGAACACUUAUCGAUGUUUGGGGGCGGGGGAUAUCUGGAGGGUUGGCAAGGCUUCUCUUUGUUUGCGGCCCAUUCUUUGGACCAGCCAUGGGUCCAUUGGUAGGGGCAUACGUUAUGCACGAACACAAUGGCGAUUGGAGAUGGACUCAGUGGACCAUAGUCUUGAUUGGAGCACCUAUCUGGAUUCUGGCUCUUUUCAUGAAGGAGACUAGUCACUUUCAGAUCGAACGCGGUGCUAAAUACUCAGGCCGGUUUGGCAUUGUGCAAUUGGCCUUGUCAACACUCAAGGCUGCAGUGUUCCGUUCGAUGGCCAUUCUUGUUACCGAGCCUAUCGCGUUAUCCCUGACUCUGUACACAGGAUACGCAUACGCAAUGGUCUUCAGCUUUUUCUCAAGCGCCACUUAUGUCUACUCACUUGACUAUGAUUUCAACCCUCGACAGAUCGGCCUCUCUUCUAUCAGUGUGAUUAUUGGUUAUAUUCUGGCUGCUGUCAUGUAUAUGAUCGUCGAGAUGACACUUUAUGCUCGAGCCGUGCGGCAAGCACCCAAUGGCCGUCCGGCCCCAGAACACCGACUGUACGCCGCUAUGGCUGGAAGCAUUUUCUUGCCCAUUGGGCUAUUCUGGUACGCAUGGGAAGCGCACAAAGGCGGCGAUUGGGCAGCACUCAUGGCCAGCGGUAUCCCAUUUGGUCUUGGUGCUUUUGUUCUCUUUCUGUCCUCAAUAACAUACCUUAUUGACUCAUACGGGCCUGGUGCCGCUGCGUCUGCCCUCGCUGCAAAUGGAUCUAUUCGGUACCUCCUAGGAGCGGUAUUACCUUUGUUCACCAUUCAGAUGUAUGAGAACCUGGGCAUCCAUUGGGCUGGAAGUGUGUUUGGCUUUCUGUCUUUGGGGCUCCUUCCUAUCCCUUGGAUACUCUUCAAAUUCGGCCAUUUGCUCCGGAAGAGGAGCCGUUUCAUAGCAUCUGCAUGA